GACUCGAUUUCUUUCACGACCGAUUUCCUGCAUUUGAUUCAUCUCGCAGCGGCAUCUUCACGCCUCUGUCUGAAUAGCGCGCCAAAGUCUCUCCGUCCGGUUCUACCACCCUUCAAUUCGCCUCCAGAGGUUGUUCUCAAGUCACCUUUCCCCCUCCGACCUCCAUCCACCAUGGCGACCAACGGCAACUUCACGCAGCAGGAGCAGUAUACUGCUACCUCGGGUGCCGCUGACUCCAAUGCGUCUGGCAAUGAUCUGCCCAAGGAAGAGGUUGCCUGGUACUUUGUCGAGCAAUACUACACCACCUUGAGCAAAUCUUCCGAGAAGCUUCAUCUCUUCUAUGGAAAGCGCUCCCAGUUUGUUUCAGGACUUGAAGGUGUUACCUCCAACGUCUCUGUUGGUCGACCCGCUAUCCAAGAGCGCAUCCGCCACCUCAACUUCCAAGACUGCAAGGUCCGUAUCUCGAAUGUCGAUUCCCAAGCUUCCGAGGAUAGCAUCGUCAUUCAAGUCAUCGGCGAAACAUCAACCAAAUCCGCCGAGCUCAAGAAGUUCUGUCAAACCUUCGUUCUCGCUCAACAACCAACUGGAUACUUCGUUCUCAACGACAUUUUCCGAUACAUCAAGGAGGAAGGCGAGGAGGAGCCAGUUGAGGCAACGCAAGAGGAGACUGCUGCCGCUGGCCCUUUAGUUGAAGAUGUUGAGAUGCCGAAGGCGCAAGCUCCAGCUGAGGAGGCAGCGCCUGCUGUCUUGGACGCUGAUGUUGUGGACGAGAAAUUGGAGAAAAUCGAAACGGAGCCUACUAAGGCGGUUCCAACCACCAAUGGAACUGCUGAGACUACUGCCGAGGCCAAAGACGCCGCAGUUGCUGCUCCUACUAAGGUUGAAGAAGUUCCUACACCCGAAGAUGCUUCGAAGGCCAUUGAGGAGGAGAUCAAAGAGCCAGAAAAGCCCAAAGACCCACUUCCAAGCCCAGUGCCAGUGGCCUCCAAACCCCAGCCAGCCGCUAAACCUGCUCAAGCAGCCCCAUCGAAGCCAUUGAGUUGGGCCCACCGUGCUGCUGCUGCCGCUGCCUCCACACCAAAGCCUGCCGUUCCCGCCCUUACUCCCAAGACCGCUACGCCUCCUACACAGACUCGGGCUGCCCCUUCCACAACUAAACCCGCCGCUACCCAAGCCACACCAGCUCCCGCUACUGCAGCCGAGAAGGACAAAGAGAAUACCGCUCCUGGUGGCUGGCAAACAGCUGGUGACAAUGCCAAGAGACAAAACCGCCCUCAGUCAAUCUCGGGCCCACCUGAGAAGGAAGGCACAAUGGCUUACAUCAGAAAUGUCACCGAGAAGCUCUCGCCUGAGGAGUUGCGAUCUGCUUUGGAGGCCUAUGGAGCCUUGAUCUACUUUGAUAUCAACCGAACAAAGAACUGUGCCUUUGUUGAAUACCAGACUCCCGAAGGCUACCAAGCUGCAACCAAUGCCAACCCACACCAAAUCGCUGGGGAGGCCAUCUUUGUUGAGCCUCGCAAGCCAAAGGCCAAUGCAUAUGGUGGAAAUGGUUAUGCUGGCGGACGUGGCGGCCCUCAACGAGGUCGUGGUGGAUUCCAAGAUCGACAAGGAUCCCAGGGUGGACGAGGAAACUUUGGAGGACAAAACCGUGGUCGUGGAGGUGCUGCUACUCCUCGAGGAGGUCGAGGCGCGGGUCAGGUCGCAACCGCAUGA